AUGGCGCCAUCAACCAUCAACGUUCUCCUCACUUCCUUCCCGGGCCUGGGUCUGCCGAAAACCCUCUCGCUCCCUCUCCCGGCCGCAUCCACCAUCGCCGACUUCCACGCGGCGCUGUCCCAGCGCAUCCCGGCCCUCGACAACCGGCUGAUCCUGACGACCAACUCCAACAAACUUCUGCCAUCCGACUCGGCCACCCCGCUGUCGUCGCUGCUUUCCUCUCCCUCCGCCGCCGAGCAAGAUGCCCCGGCCUUCCUCCCCUUGCGCCUGACCACGCCCCUCUGUGGCGGCAAGGGCGGCUUCGGCUCGCAGCUGCGCGCGGCGGGCGGGCGCAUGCGCAAGAAGCGCGGCGCGGGCGAGAACAACGGCUCGUCGCGCAACCUGGACGGGCGGCGGCUGCGCACCGUCACCGAGGCCAAGGCGCUGGCCGAGUACCUGGCUAUCAAGCCCGAGAUGGACCAGAAGCAGAAGGAGGAGCGCCGCGAGCGCUGGCAGGAGAUCGUCGAGAUGGCCGAGCGCAAGGAGGAGGAGAUCCUGAAGGGCGGCAAGGGGAGGCUGAAUGGCGAGUGGGUCGAGGCGAAGGAGGAGGCCGAGGAGCGGACCCGCUUGGCCGUGCUGGAGGCGAUGAAGAAGGGGGACAUCAAGGAUGUCUUGGGCAAGGAGAGCGACAGCUCGGCGAGCCCGUCUGAGGGAAGUGAAGGGAGCGAGAGUGAGGAUGAGAUCAAAGCCAGCGCGUCGAAGGCUGGUGCAUCGAAACCUGCUACUCCAGCGAGCAGGACGUUCUUCGGCUGGGAUGAGGAUGAGGAUGAGGAUAUGAGCGAUGACGAUGAGGACGAGGAGCCGGAGGAGGCUGAAGUCGAGGGCAAGGGCAAGGCAAAGGCCUGA